AGUGCCUGAGCAAUCUUUCUUUGAAUCACCUGCCUUUAGAAUUCAUGUUUUAUGCCACUGGAGAUCAAUUGAAUUGAGGCCACAGGUGCAAACACGAUGGCGAACAACACGACCGUGUUUCAGGAUGACACUCGGACUUUCAUACAGACUGAAAUGCCUCUGAAACGCAUUGAGGAGCAGGUCAUCACAAUAUUUUUGACAAUGCUCAUCUGCGGCGUUGGGAUCGCCGGGAAUAUCAUGGUGGUGCUGGUCGUACUGCGCACUAAACACAUGGUGACCCCAACCAACUGUUACCUGGUCAGCCUGGCCGUCGCAGACCUCAUUGUGCUCUUGGCUGCGGGGUUGCCCAAUAUCUCCGAUGUUGUAGCCUUCUGGAUAUACGGCUACACAGGAUGCUUGUGCAUAACGUAUCUUCAGUACUUGGGCAUCAACGUGUCAUCCUGCUCCAUCAUGGCAUUUACCAUUGAACGCUACAUUGCCAUUUGUCACUCCAUUAAGGCACAGUUCUUAUGCACUGUUUCCCGGGCCAAGAGGAUCAUAGCUGGAGUCUGGGUCUUCACCUCACUCUACUGUAUUAUGUGGUUCUUCUUAGUGGACACAGACGAAACCGUCUAUACCAACGGAGUGGUGGUCACUUGUGGCUACCGUGUCUCCAGGAGUCUCUACAUGCCAAUCUACUUCCUGGACUUCACCCUAUUCUACGUAAUCCCCCUAAUUGUGGCCACAGUCCUUUACUGGCUCAUCGCAAGGAUUUUGUUUAUGAGUCCUCUGCCGUCGCAUCUUACUGACAGAGUUGGCGGAGGGUCGGUUCACCAGGGUCAGUCCAGCAGCAGCAAGAACAAGGCCAACAAGGGAGCAGUCUCUGCAAGGAAGCAGAUAACAAAGAUGCUGGCUGUGGUGGUCGUCCUCUUUGCCUUGCUCUGGAUGCCUUACCGGACACUGGUGGUGGUCAACUCCUUCAUCGAACCGCCCUACCAUAACACGUGGUUCCUGCUCUUCUGCCGCAUGUGCAUCUACACCAACAGUGCCAUUAACCCCAUCAUUUAUAACCUCAUGUCUCAGAAGUUCCGGGUUGCCUUCAAAAACCUCUGCAAGUGCAACUGGCGGAACAAAGAGAAGGCAGCCAAGUAUAACGUGCCAAUGUAUUACAGCGUGAUGAAGGAUUCGUCCCAUGAGAGCAAUGAGCCGGUCACAGAGCAGGAUCACGUGAGCGGCCAAACCACCAGGAGGUUCAAAGUGAAGGAUGAAGACACAUGUACUUUCAGCAUCUCUUGAUAAAGGCUUCUCGGAGUUUCUGGCUCCUUCAUGGCAAACUGUGCGCAUUUUAUUUUCUUGAUAUGGUUCAAUUUAUUGUUUUAACUGAAUGUUAUUUACACCUUAUCGAAAAAAGUAUUUGUUAACACUGGAACCUGUAAAUGUUCUUUGUGUUUUCUGAUUUCUUAGCUGUGAUACGUAUGCUUGAAUAAUAUUUUACUAUGUUGUAAAACUGGUAAUUAAGAUGUUUUUCUUCGAAAUGUGUAGUGGGACAUGAUAGCAUUAAGUUGUGCAUCAGUAUUUCAAAAGAAUAAGGUAAUGUUUUUGGAAUAAAUAUACUUGCAAGUUUAGUGGACGACGUGGAUAUUGUAUGUGAUACAUGAUAAAUAAUGUUGUUAGUGCAUGUUAAGGAUUGUUAUUCAAAGUAAUGUUUAGAUUUUAGUUUUUUCCAGAGAUGACUCUACUGUAGUUCUGUGCCACCAGGAGCUGAUCAUAUGUUUCACAGCAGUGUUAAUCAGUCAAAGUAUUUCACUGGGGAGCCAAAUAACCAUGAGCAGUUAGGGGUAAAUUAAAUUAUAAAUUUGACUAAAUUUAAA